AUGACGUACCAUCAACCACGGACAUUAUACUUCAACACUCUCAGACUGAUUUCAUCAAAAUGCAACAUUCAUGGAGCUGAGAACAUCCUGAGAUGUCCACAAGUAAAAAGAAAGACUCUAAGAUGUUUACAGGGAUGUUUGCCAUAUUUUACGUCAAGCACGAACAUGACAUCGUUCCGAUCAAGACUGGAAGGUUAUGGUGGCGGUAGUGUGGAUCUCACUAAGGACGUGGCUGAUGGCAUUGCUAUCGUCACCCUUAACAACCCGGACAAGAAAAAUGCUUUAUCAGGUAAAAUGAUGCUUGAUUUCCGCAAUGUGGUCGAAGAAUUGGAAACAUGGGAUGAUGGAAAAGGUGUGAUAUUAACGGGGUCACAGAGAACAUUUUGUUCUGGAGGUGAUUUAACCACUGUUCAGAACAUUCUGACAUCAGAGCAGGGUUAUGAAAUGGCAGAAUUCAUGCACGAAACAUUGACACGGCUUCAUCGACUGCCGUUGGUCAGUAUGGCUCUUGUUCAAGGUAACGCAAUUGGAGGAGGGGCCGAGCUUACCACAGCUUGUGACUUUCGUGUGAUGACCAACACGGCCCGUAUUGGGUUCGUACAGAUGAAGAUGGGUGUCUUGACAGGAUGGGGAGGGGCGACAAGGCUUGUUGGAUUGGUAGGUCGUUCAAGAGCUCUGGACAUAUUGUGUUCCUCUAGACUGCUUUCUUCUCAGGAGUGUCUCAGACAAGGCUUGAUAGAUCACAUCAUUCCCUUACAACCGCCCAAAGAGGAGAGUAUCGAGGAGGAUGAGGUUACCCUGAGGAUCGGUCGUGCUUGGCUGAGUCAGUACUGUCACGCGGAUGUGAAUCUGGUGAGGGAUAUGAAGACAGUGGUGAUAGAGGCUUGUGAGUCGGACUAUAUCUCCUCACUAGAAAAAGAACGUGCUAUAUUUAGUAAGACAUGGGGAGGACCUGCUCAGAAAAGAGCACUUGAUCUAAAUAUUAAACAUUCUUGACAUAGAAUGAUUUAGAUGUUAUAUCGGCACCGAGCCGUAACUGAGAUGAACUCGGAUUCAAUACAUCUGAGCAUACUGUUUGUUUGCUGUAGAACAUUCAGGAAAUGCUACGUACUUUCCGACUUCGUAUCCUCAGAAGUUUCCUGAAGUCGUGUAGCUCCCAGCAUAACUAAAAAAGUCCUUGAAUGACCAAACCGUUGUAGGAUUUUUUCAUUGUUGGGUAUGUAGUUCAUG